AAUAUUGAUUGAAUUAUGUUCUGAAAAAUUCCAAAGCUGAAGACAAUACAUUACAUGUCUUUGUACUUCUUUUGUAUAGUACUUUAACAAAAUGAUUAUUCAAAAUUAUUCAGACGUACAAGAUGGUGAAUAAGUAUGUGGUAAGGACUAGGAUGAAUAUGCUGGCAAACAUUCCGACACGUUACGCAUAAUGAACAGCAAGGCUAAUGCUGUUUGCAAAACUGUUGCUGCACGAACUAGCAAAAACACAUUGGAAAACAAGCAACAAUUGCCUCCAUCUGAACCAUCUUCUGAAGGUCUUAUUUUAUAUGAUAAUUGCAACACUUUAAUAGAAGUUUGUGUUAAAACUAAGGGUCGUAAACGUACAUCAACCAUGGUUAGCAGCAGCCCACCUAGUCAUAAAGGAAUAGAAGAGAAAAAACGACCUGGCAGUAGUGGUGAUUCUCACCAAAGUUGGGGUGGGAUUUUAAGAGAACAAAAUCGAGCUGCUAUAAAGCAAGGUUUGCAACAGUUAACUAGGAGAGCUUCAGCUUCAAAAUCAUCAAAAUGUGGAAGUGAGACUAAAGAAGUAAAAAAGCAUUCCUUGAGUCAUUCAAAACACGAACAUAAACAUUUGGAUGAAAUCCCUGUGAAGCAGUCAGCUUCUCAAAAGAGGGUAGAAGAUCAUAUGAAAUCCACACCACGUACCACGAUUCCAUCAAGUACAUCGAUACCUAGUACUAUGGAAUCUAUAAUAGUCUGUGACAAAGGUGUGCAGUGUGGUGGAAUACUUGAUUACACUGAUGAUAAAUAUGGUGUAUUAAAUCCGGUUCGUACAUUAAACUUUCUGAUGACAGAAUUAGUACAUUUAGUCAAGGAUGAAAGAGCCAAUCAGAUUUUGAACGAUAUGGAACAGAUAUUAUUCAGAAUUCCUAUAGAAGCUGGAAAACCAUCUUCUGUGGAUCUAGAAGCUAUUGCCCUUCGUACAAAAUUAGAAGCAACCACAGUUCAGUUGGAAGAAACAAGCAGAGAAAUGAAUACAGUGUGUGAAACAUUACGUAAGGAAAGAGAUUCUUUACAGAGACAAGUUCAUAAACAAGUUUUGCUGUUAAACGAAUCUCGUGAAACGCAGCUAGAUUUAGAGAGCACUAUAAAAACACUGAAGCAAGAAUUGGAAGAAGCGAUAAAAACAGCCCAAACUAGAGAUAAAACAAUAAGCGAAUUAAAAAAGGAAAUUAAGGGAUACGAGUUUUCGCAAAAAGUUAUAGCAGACUUGAGGAUUAAUUUAGCCGAACAAACGGAACUAGCAAGGCAAAGAUAUUUGGAAGUGCAAUACCUAACUCUGGAAAAAGACAAAUUUUUCACGUUGUCUUCAUACAAAGAUUCUUUAUUACUUGAGCUUCGUAAUGCAGUCAAAGAGUUGCAAAAUCACAUUGCAGACCAGUUAAAUGGUUUAAAGGAUAUGUAUGUUCACGAAGAGAAUUCAAAUCCACAAAUUUCAUUAGUACAAGGCGGUCAUGCGUGUUCAUCGCCCACUUCUUUAUCUUCACGCGAUUCCAAUGUACCUACUUCUUGGCACGAUAUGUCAGAUGUUUCUUUAUCGACAGUGGAUCAUGAUCCACCUAAAAAUGGGAAUAUGAACAAAUUUACACACAAAGGGGAUAAAGCGAUAACAGCUUCGAGUACUCAGAUCAAAAGUUCGGAAAAGAACAUUAGGGAACUACAGGCUAAAGAUUCUGUUAAUUUAGAAUUUAUUAGCUUACCGGGAGGAGAAUCUUCGCACACGCUUUUACCUUCUUACAAAGAUCUUGGUUACACAGAAUUUAGCCAGUCUGUUAACAAGGGAAGGGAAGACGUAGAAAGAAAUAAUAGUUUACGUAAUUCCAAGGAUAAAAUAUCGUCAUCGGAACACUUAAGUUUGCCUCCUGAGAAAGAAAGUCAUGUAAAAGAUCCAUCUAAGUCUCAACAAUCUUUCGAGUUAAAUAAAAGACAAAGUUGCGGGAAAGUGUCAAGUUUAACAGAAGACGUGUUCACUUUAAAAAACAAUUUACCUCAUAAUUUAAUAGGGUCUAGUAUAACGGAACAUUUUCAAAAUAUGUUUCACGAUAUCAGGGUUCAAAGUAGGAUGCCGGUUAACGUACCAAGUCCGCCAAGGAAUUAUCCUCAUCCUGAUUGGAGCGAUAGUACUUUACCCAGUAUUAGUACCGCUUCAGAAUUAAAUGUGAUACAAUCGAACGAUACUUAAGAUUAUAUUAACUCUUUUAGCAAAGUAAUAUGCAACAUCAUUACACAAUUUAAAUUAUUUUUUAUCUGAAAACUCAGUUAUAACAAACAUACAAAUCGAUUUAUAUUUUUGUGAUCUCAACGAUUCAACAGUAUAUUUUUAAAUAAUAAUUUACAAGAGAUAUACAUAGUAUAAAUUGUAUCAAUUUUUUGGCUCAAAAUGUAUUUUCCUACUAAUAUAUGGUGUAUAUAUAUAUAUAUGUACGUGUGUGUUUGAUUUUGAUUUGUACAAGUUACAUUAUCGAUUAGAAAAGAUGAUACAGGAGGUGUAAGAAGUUGCUCGUAACGUAAACGUUACAGUCGUUAAUUGUACAUAAGCGAAGAGAAUCCUUCGAAGUAACACAGCGGUGUUAAUACCAAAGCGUAUAGCGUGGUAUCGUUACUUAAAAUAUGAGACAAAAGGAAAUGGAACUUUGUAUGUUGUCAACGAAUACGAUGAUGUAUUUCAUUGACGGUGUAUAAAAGAUAAUAUAAGACUGGUCAUUUCGAAGAAAUAAUUUAAUCGAUAUUUUGACGAAUAAAUGGAGAGACACGUUCGCUCUUAAUAAACGGUUAUUUUUUUUUCAUAUUCUCACUCUUCCUUUAACAAAUUCAUGCUAAAAAACCAGAAGGACACGAUAUAAAUAUGACAUGAAAAACCAGAUGUAUAUAUAUAUAUAUAUAUUUUUUAUCACAUAUGUAUAUAUACAAGUAAAGUAUAAUACUUAUAUUUUGUAAGUCUUAAUAGGAUUAAAAGGGAACAUUUUAGUACACGUAAAACAUUCAUCAAUUUUGCGUAAAGACGUCUUGAAGUACACAUACAUGUUUCCCAGUAAGCGUGUACAUGUAUAUUCUCUUUUCUUUUCGAAAAAUUCGAUCGUUCUUUUUUUAUGAUUAUUUUCUUUUUUCUAGGGACCGAGAAACGUUCAUUUACUAACAACUAUCGUAAUACGAAUACAGUCCCGAUAUUCGACGCGUGUAAAAUAAGUAAUGUUAAUUUCGAAACGAUAAGGACUGUCUUCGUAUUUGAACGAUUUCGAUGAAGAUUGCGAUAAAACGUGAAAUAUUAAAAAUGUUUAUUUAUACGCGUUCGAUUUCACGAACGAACCUUCCUCGAUUUAACUUCAAACAGACUUUCACUUCAUUCUCUUAUUUUUUCUUUUCUUUUAGACACAUGGAAAAUUACAAAUUCGAAUUCUCACGAUAUUUUCAGAAAAAAAAAAGAAAGGACAUUGCAUUCGAAAAGUAUGCGAAACACUUACACUCUCGAAGAAAAUUCCUUCGUAUGCACGAAAGGUUUAAAGUUCCCUUGUCGGAUACGUAUACUUUCACGUACAGGUCAGUACGGUUUUUCUCCUUACCCGAGGUUCUCUUAAAAACAUAAACUAUUCGAUUUAUUAAUGUUUUCCAAUGGUCACCGUGAUUAACCUUAGAAACAGUUACUCUUAACUCAUGAUACAAAAGUUCUCUUAUCCUAAGAAGAAUGGUAGAAAUCGAAGACCGCAAUUAGUAACAACUUUUGAAUUGAAACUUUCGCGGUAACUCGAAACGCUUAUCGAUAUCUCGAUAGAUUCUUUUUUGUUAUUUUUACAGGGGUGGAAAUGUACAGAGCAAACGAAUUCUCAAUGGUUACCGUGAAUUCGAAAAAAUCUUUCGUCGACGUACAUAAAUACUUGCGUUUGUAUAUAUCUCAUUAUUUGUCGUAUGAAAUUACCAACGUUUCGGGUAAUAGUCUACGAUUAAAUCACGAAUCACAAAUGUUUCGUUAUAUUCUUUUACGUAUCGUUAUCGUAAUGACUCUGAGGUAAUUACGUAUGCUCGUAAUUUAAGAAAAAUCGGCAUUCGUUCAAUGUAAUUUCGAAUCCUUCUCGGGAAAUAUAUCUUCGAAUCUUAUUUGGUAUUAUAAAAUGAAAUUUUCGUUUAAUCCCACUUUGUGUCGAUCGUCCCUUAGAAGAUCGUGAGGUUAGUCAACAUCGAUUGCCAUUUAAACGAGCGUUUGACAGUUUGAAAGAGUAAAAGAUUUGAAACCGAUUUGCGCUCUUUUAGUUGGGCAUCGAUGUUAUAUUAUAUCGAAAGUCGUCACACGUGCUGUUUAUAUUUCGUUCAUACGCGAAGUUGGUUCGACGAAAAUAAAAUAGCUUUACGAACGCUCAGUUGACGCGGUGCGAGUUUCGAUUCAAACUCGAGUACAUUUAUACAAUCUCAAAUUGCGUUUAAUCGUGCCAAGUCUCGUGUAUGAAAAAUUUGUAAACGGAAAAAAAGAUAGACAUGAUUUUAAGAAUCUUCUUUCAAGAGGUGAUUUAACGGGGAAAUAUUAAAGAUGCAACAAACAGCACAUUGACAACCCUCGUACCGCGUAAAUAUGUAUACUUGUGUCUAUGUGUAGCGUGUAUGCGUGUGUAUGCACAUAACUGUCUUAACACAUACGUACGUAUUUUCACUUUCACUGCCGAAACCUUUGAUUUUUAUUGAAAGUCACGCGAAUACAACGAAAACGUACAAUAUACGAACGCAUUAAUAUUUGAACGAAUCAAUUCGGAACGCUUCGUUUUGAUUUUCAUUUUGUUACCAUUUUCGCCAUUUUGUUUAAAUUGAAUUAUAUUGGACAAUGCUUUAUUUUGAUUUACACAUUACGCCUUUAUUUUUUUCAUGAUCGAUGGGAAAGAAUAAUAGCAAAACAUGAUUGAAAUAUUGCGCACAAUAUGAUCACAUAAAGAUAUCGUGUUUUGUAUACGUGUGAAACGCUCGACGUUUAUACAAUAAUAAUAAUAUCACUAGCGUAGACUGUCUCCGUUGUAUCGUUUCUAAUUGCGUAUAUUACAAUAAACGAUCGUCGAGUAGAAAUCGUAAAAUCUUGAGUGAGUCGAUUAAAAAAAUGAAUCCUAGCCGACUUCUUCAAUAUCCUACUUAAAUAGUCUCAACUAUGAAAUAUGCUUGAAUAUAGCUCAGAUAUCGGAAGUGAUAUAGUGGGCUGUUGUAAAAAUAAAAAUUUAACAUUUGUCAUCUUGAGGUUGCAUAUGGAAGGACAUGUUUUAUUGUUUAUUGUACGUUAUAUACUGCUUUGUUCGGUGUAAAAAUAUAAAGCAUUUCGAUUACAGACUUCGUAUGUACGGGCGUUGCCAUUGUUACCGAAUUAAUCGGCAGUUAUUUACGAUAAUCUCUUUCUUGUAUUUUCCUUGAUGCAGGGUUGCACUUGUCACAAAAAAAUUUAAAUAACUGUACUGUGGAUUAAGUGUAUGGAAAUAAAAUUAACAUUGUUCAACACGAGUCUGACAGUGUCAUUUUUUAAUGAUUCCUUUUAAGGUUAGGUACCUGCUAAUUUUGAAAAAUGGCCGAUAACUUGUAACUGCGAGCGGGAAAUAAAUCGAUAUAAGCAAAUAUUAGUUUACGGUCGAUAGCUUGGUUCGAUACUUCUGUUGCAACGAGUAGCAGACUAUCGAUACUACUGAUUCAAUAUCAAGUAAAUAUCGAUAGUUGGAAUUCGUUACCGAGUAGACAUCUAUAUUUUCUUACGAUAAGAAAUAAAAAGAAGUUUCGAUUUAUUUCAAAUCAUGAACAAUAACCGAAGACAACCAUCAUUAUUAAAAAAGUGGCGUGUAUGUAACGAAAUAAAAAAAAAGGAACGCGAAUAAAAUUGAUUGAUAGAUCGAAACGAGAGAAGAAAUUGUAAAAAAAAUGUGUAACAUGUCGGUGCAACCCAAUUUCAAGAAACAGUCUCUAACUCUCUCUCUUUCUCUCUCACUUUCGUUCAUCUAACAAUGGCCCAGGCUAUGGAGUUCAAUAAUUGCUUUUAUGUGGCAAUGAUAACAAUAUGCGUGUAUAACAAAUGUACUUAGAAACGGUUUCACUUGUGCUAUUACUGCUCUCUGGCGAUAAAAAUCAGAUAUCAUUGUUCAACUGUUGGCUCGUAACAAGGGGUUGAGGGGGGUAGAGUUUGUUGCUCUUUUACUGCGAGUUUAUAAACACUAUACACUUCCUGAUUGUGCGCCCAAAACAUGGCAUACGGACUCGUGAACAACGACGACUGGUCACAGUCCGUCAGGCGCCCAACAAGACACGCGUUCAACUUAAUUUAUACAUAUUUCUUACAGUUAAACGUGUUCAUUCGAUAAAUCUACAUACAUAUACGUAUUACGGUGACCAAACUCUGCCUCUUUUAGAUACGCGUACAUUUAUUUAGAAUUUAUUACAAUUACUUUGGAUCGCGGACGUUAGCGAAGUGGAUGAAACAAGUAAUAAAUAAAGCACGGUAAAUCUGCUGUAAAUUAUAGUAAACGAAUACGACGAGAUUCGAUCACCAGCGGUAUAUAUACUUAUUCGAUGCAUCCACACGCUGAUUCGAUAAAUAAGUAGAUUCGCGAGUAAUCGAAUAAAAAUUUUUAAACGAAAGCGAUCGAUAAAUUUACCGUGGACACAUUGAUUAAUAGACGAUUUAUCGAAUUAACACUCUCACUGUUUUUACAUAUUCGCUAUUUUCUCUUCUCUUCCUUUCAUUUACUUAAAUCCGAAGAACGUUCGUGUUUCUUGUAUUGUAAAAUUAACGAACCUGUGGUCCUGCAUAUUUAAAGAUUCCCAUUUUUUUUUUUGUUAACUCUUUAAACUGUUUCUUUUUCCUUUUUUUGUUUGGGUUUCUGCGUAUACCAAGAGAGAUCCGCGCAAUAUAGUAUCGUGAUUAACAUCGACGCAUAAAUAAAGUCUUCGUCUUUUUGUCUUUUUUACAUUUAUUUACCAAAAACACUAAUUCCCACGCUCUCAAGUCUCGAUAGCUUGGUCUCCGUGUCGUAUUGUUCUCGGUCUUUCGUAUACCGGGUGCCGCGAAAUCAGUAUCACCCGAAAUAAUUCAUCAACGACGACAAACACGCGUGUAAGAUAUUUGCGAUCGUUUAACGUGAAAUAUCGUGGCACAUUUACUUCGCGACACUCUGUACAUCGUAUACAUAUAUAUUAUAUAUAUAUUUUUUAAUUUGCGUUUUCUACCAGCGAAAAUGGACAUUGAAAAUUUCGUAAAUUUUCUUUUUCUUAUCAUUAUUCCUUAUGUUCGUUUCUCGAUCGAUGUAUCCCAAUACUUUAUUGCUGUACAGCGCGUAUAUAUACAGAUAUAUAUAUAUAUACGUAUAGAAAUAUUUUUGUCGUGCAUUCUAAAAACGUUACGAUUAAUCGUAUCGAAACCGUGAAGACAUGAGAUCGAAAAAUCGAUAAAGCUCGAGGAAAUCAACCGAAAGAAGACGUGACUGUAUACGUGUAUACAUGUAUGUACGUGUGAAAAAUUUCGUUGAAUGGACGGCUAAACGAAAAUUAGCAAUGUGUGUGUGCGUACACGUGUUCCGGAAACAAGCGUACCUUAAUAAUUAAUCAUAACAAAUACAGUCUCUAUUUCUAGUUCAGAGAAUAAAAAAUCGCCGCUAAUCUUCGUUCCAGCGAUCCACCCUUAACGAUAAUCAGUCGAUGUGUAUUUUAACCCUCGAACAGUGGAUGGCGCGUUCUUGGGUCAAAUGUUACCCGAUAAUGCACUUUUUGCACAAAUUUUUCUUUCACGAGAUAUCUGAAAUUUUAGACGUUUCAAAUUUUUCAAUCAUUCUUUCUUUCGCGGAAUUUUUAAAGACGUAUGCGGCUAUCGAAUGACCCAACACUCGCCGUCCGAGGGUUAAUUUAAAUAACGCGCGUUCGCCUCCCUUCUUUCCUUAACACUACUAUUAUUACACGAUAACAUUUUGAUUAAAUGACACGUGUCGCGACGCGUGCAAUCUCACGAGGGAAACCGUCUUAAUUAUCGAAUAAAGAAAAGAAAGAAACAGAGACGAUGAACAUCGUGGCGCGUGGAAAAGUUGAACAAUCCUCUCGCAAGACAGAUUUCAGGCCAGCACAGAAACAGCUCUUCGAUCGUUACCGACUAUCGAUUUCAACGAUACUCUCUGCAGGUGUCUGUAAAAAUAUUUCGUAAGUUUCGCGAUUCGAAAAUUUGUACAGGACGAUUCAAGAAUGACGAUUCUUCGAGCUUACGAGGGACUCGCUUAGAAGGAUAAAUGCUCCGUUUGCCAGCUGUUAACACCGAUAUCGAUCAGAUUAUUCCUCUUCGAUCCGAAGAUUCGUGUACACUUUUCAAUCAUCCUGUACAAUGUUGCUAUUCUUAAUUGAAACCUGACUAUUGUUGAUCGUUCAAAAGGAGGCCCCGGGCGAUCAAUAUACACGCGUAUUGGCAAUACUUCGGCGUUUCGAACGUUCCGGUUUCAACGAUAUUUCGGUGUUAUCGGUAAAUAUCGAGAACCACGAAACAUCGACAAUGCGGAGAUACUGAUCGGCCGGAGUCCCGAAAAGGUGGCGGUACCGAAUGAUUGGCAUAAAAAAAUGAUUGUGCGUGUCGCGAGCAAUCGAGCGUGUCAGAUUCCUCGCUGUCUGUUAUCGGUAAAAUAUAAUUCAACGUACACAUAUCAAAAAUAUGCUGAGAAUCUUUGAACCGAGGUUUGUUUGUAAUUAGUCACGCGGCGGCAAACCGUGGCAACGGUUUAGUCUAAUUAAGAAUGGAAGCAUGCUGAACGAAACCGUUUCCGUCUCGCUCGAAAAUCUUCUCUUCUCUCGGGAUUGUCACUUUCUCGCGUUCUGUCUUAUCGAAUACAUUGUCGGAACGAGUUUUCAAAACAGUCAUUAAAAUCUUACAUAUUGUUCGUACUCUCCUUUUCAUCGUUAUCACACGCACUCUUUCUUUCUUUUUAUAAGUCACACUGAAUUACGUAUUCUUCGGUAGAGCGUGGAAGAUGCUUGCAAAGUUCGGAGCACCUGCGCGAUAUUGUUCUAUGUACACAACUCUGUGCUAACAAAACGUGAACGGAAAAACAUUCAUUCAUCUUCUUCUUCGUCUACGCUACUGUCCACGAGUACUCGGCCAUCCAACAAAUACCGAAUAUUAAUCAUUUUUAAAUACCGAUUAUCUUUUCUUUAUUUUAUCCAUAACUUUCUAUUCGAUUUUCCUUUCUCCGAUUGUUUUUAUUUUAUCCGAUAGAAUCUGUUCCACGUAUUUGCGAAUUACAAUUUGUUAGAGAUCAAGAGACAAAGCGCCGAUAUGUCCAUAGACGGAUACGGAACGUCGAAAUACUCGUGGACAAUAGCGUACGUCGUUUUCCUCGACUCGUUUUUACUUUGUUCGCGUUACAAUCGCACCUCGCUACGACGAUUCUUACAUUAUUAAUACGUAUAAUUUGAUUUAGCGUGUUUGUUGCUUCCUCGCAACAACGAUCGACAUCGUAUCGCCUUAUAAAAAUUGGACCUGUUUCUUUUUUUGUCGCUUACGAUCCGCUAAUUACUUCGUCUUCGAUUCUCGCGGUAAUCCGUUCGUAUCUUCUAGCCACGUGCUAAUCGAUCGACGAUUCAUUGACGAUUUUCGCGGUUCGUACCAAUCACAACGUUCUCCUAAUUCUAUAACACGAUCAACGAAACAACGUUAGAAACGCAUUUAAGAGAAGACAAACGAUACCCCUUCGACCGACAACGUUUGCGAGAUCAACUUGCACUUGGUGUAUUAUUGUAUUGGACUAUGGUUAACUAUGCGAUUAUAAGUUGCAACGUUCGUGGCAGGCAUGACACGGUCCGCGCUUCCAUAUUUUUCGGAAAGUGAGCAAUUUGAAAAGUCGAUGUGGGAAUAGAGAAAUUUUUUGGAACGUGGUUCGCGAACCGCUCGGUCAUGCCUGUUUUACAUACGGUAACCACUGCCAUUCGCUCUUUCGUUGAGAAUCGUGUGUAUCUGUAAACAGCUGACUUUCGUCGUUAUCGUCGCGUUAUAUCACCGUCGUACGGCUACGCGUUAGAUCACCGUACACGUGUCAGAUUAAAAAGUCGAAUCGUUUGUUGCUAUUGUUCGUUAGCAAUGUUCAUAUUUCAAAUCCGAUAAUACUUCGGAACAUCGAAGCAAUUUACAUAAUUCGUUUUUAACGACCAGCCUGCAGCCAGUACACGGCGAAUUCUGCAACGAAAAGAUGGAUGGAAUAAACAUAAUUUUUGUUCAACAGACGAGACGGGUCAACACGGAUCGUUACGGUUUAAUCUCGACAGUCGAGGGGUUCGAAUGUUUCUUAAAGAAUUGGUCUAGCCUACGGACGAGAAAACAAUUUGUUAAGGCUAAGAGAAUUAACAAUGGUGUUUGUUCGGUGGAGUAUCACCAAGCCCGUUUUAUAUCUUUCAACGAAGAAUCAACGGAAACGAGCAAACGUUUGCUGUAGUCGUGCAAGUUUUUCUGCAGGAAAAUAAAUAAAUCGAAGAAUAAAACGGGCCUCGACUUCGUUAUUAAAAUUUUAUUCAUUUAUAAUACGUGUCCGCGUUCCACCCUUUGCGAGCAUUUUAUGGUUUACCUUCAAUAACUACGCUUUCACACAAUUAUCGUACUUUUGUCUUUUUUAUACACGAGACUCGCGCGGCGACGAUUUUAAUCGACAACGCGGUCGACGCGACGCGCUAUCGAGUGUUUGAACAUCUUGAUUACGAAUUUCGAGUUACCCUUCCACGUCCGUCCACAUUCGUAUGCCUUUUUCGCGUUAUAAACAAAAUCCUCUUUUUCUCUCCUUGUUAAUUCCUACGAUAGUAUUCCUUUUUCCGUUUGGAAUUUUUAGGGAAUCUGUAAAUUUGGAAACUUUUAAGUCGUCCUUUUCCCAAGAUAAGCCUAUGGAGAAGACUGAUAUGCAAAAAUUUGGAAAAUCACCCUCCGAAAGUAUUGUUCUCGCGACUGAUUUGCCCUCAUCUAACAAUAAGUACGUGCUCGCUCCGCGUUACUUCCAUUUAGAUACGCGCGUAUUUCGAGCGCAGCUUGAGGUCCCAGUUCGUGGCUACCGGUCGGCGUGGCUCGCCGCGGACUACAAAAACGUUGAGACUCCGAUUCGAAGGUCGUCAGGCGUUUCAUUGGCAGGUAGCCGGUGUGCAAGGGCAAAAAAACGGUCGGUACAUAAACAGUUUGACAGACUGGGAGGGACAAAACGCUCGGCACCGUGACCCUGCGAAAACAAAGCGUAUCGAUCACUGGCCGGCCUGAUUGACUCGUACGUCGUACCAGCCUAGCUAAUGAUCCACCAAGGACAGCCCUAGUCGCAGAGAUCGUGUUGCUGAUCAUUGUUCGCCGAACGAACAACACUUUUCGUUAUUCGAGCUAUCGAUACUUUUCUAUCUUUAGAGAACAACGCGGAGUAACCGGAGUCUCUUGCGGUUCGUUUAUCCGAUCAGUGAUUUCCGACGCUGUAUCGUGCGUUUCGUAAAAAAUAAAAAACAACGUUUCGGUCCUUCGUGGAAAUGGCCGCGAGGGAUACGCGCGACUGUUUAACAGUCCCAUUCACGACGACAACGCGCGGGAAUAAUUUUUGACCAUUGUAAAUUCGAAAAUGCAAAACGCUCGGAACAAUACGGCCAUUGUCCAUGAAAUAUUUCGAUAGAUAACCGAGACGACGGAGCGAAUUCAACGGUUUAAACAUUAGCGGUCCGUUUUCGUGGGCGAUUAACCUGUUGCUCGUAGCUUGUUUGUCGCAACGUAGAACGGUUGAUACGAACCACGAUAGAUUUAAUCGGACGACUAGCAAAACCAGCGAAUAUUAUGCGAAGCUUUCGCGUAACAAGUUCGAGAGCAAGAAGUGUCCCUUCGCGGUACACGUGUUGCCCGAACUACCCCUUAUCAUCGCCAAGGGUUCCGACGAUUACGCUGGAAUUAUGCAUGGGAUUUCAUUAAGCGCGUUCUCCGAUGCAAAUGAACAUCGUAAUUAAAGCUACGUUCAAUUUGCUGCUAUCAAAACGGGUCGAUCAAUUUCUUUUUUGAUCCUUUCGAAAUUAGCUUUGCUAUUUCAAACAAUUACUAUAACGCUGUCCAAGGAAUUCCUAAAAUAACCAUACACCGUAGAAUAAUUGUUUCUACGAUAAUUUUAAAAGCAUUAUCUUUGUGGUCAACUUGAAGUUAACCAGCAGAAGCACCAGAAAAGACACUGUUCCUGAGUUAACGCGAUCAGACCGAGUCCACGAUUUCGUACACCCAAAUUAAAGACCCUCUAAAUCGAGACAUUGUUAAAUUCCAAAAUUCCUUGACGGAGAAUUAGCCGAGUUGACCCUAAAUAUAACGAAGACAAAUUAGAUUCGUCUCCUUGGGCGCGGAUGGCGUUCGUACCGCUUUCUAGUUGAGCAACCUGCUUAGAAAGCUCGUCGGCAGAUUAAAAAAUCGAUGUCCCUGGUUAAACUAGUUGGAAUUUUCUGUCGUAGUUAAUUUAUGCAACUGGAACGAUCGCGUUUCCGAACGAGCGAUCAUUUUGAAGAACGUCGGAGCAGCUUCUCGCUGAAACGAGAAGGCGCCAUCUCUAGCGCGCCACUUUCGAACGUCGACCGACGUGCCAGGGAAUAAAAAAGUCCGACGAACGGGCCGAGAUAGCGAAACAGCGAAAAGAACGAUUAGAUUUCGCACGACGUCGAUCGACGGUUUUCGUGGUCGUUUAGCUUGUUUAGAUUUCUCCGUUAUGCGUUGCAUAAUCCCGCGGCCGGGGCCCUUGGUCGAGCAACAACAAGAAAGGGAAAGAAAGAAAGAAAGAAAGAAAGAAAGAAAGGAAGGAGCCAGUGGCAGACGGGGGCGAGGGACAAGAAAGAAAAACAAAGUUCGAGCAGGAAGUGGCUCGCGUAAAAAGAAAAGCCCCGGUAGCUCGUCCGUGGCGAGCAAGCGAGUGGAGUGGAGUAGUAGGCCAAGUGGAAGUUCCUCCGAGUUGCUGCUCUCUUCCGAGAGAGAGCGAGAAAGAGAGAGAAAGAGAGAGAGGGAGAGAGAGAGAGAGAGAAGGAUGUCGACCUUUUAUUUCGUUCGAGAGAGUAACUGUCAGCCGGGUAUUUCGCGUGGAGGCAAAAUAAAGUAUAAAGGGUGUUCGCUGCGUCGUAUAUACGCGUCCAAGUAUGGACCAACUUCUCCCACCCUGACCUCAGGAUCGUCUCGACCACGCUUCGUCCUCUCUUUCUCUGCCUAAACGUUUCUCGUCUUCGUCUCUCCGUUUCUACCAUCUUCGUUCCUCGUUUCGCGUCUGGCUUCUCUCCUCCUCGCUCUCGUUGCCACUCCUUUUUUUCUCUCUCUUUUUUUAUUCCAACGAACACUCUCCCGGCUAGCCUUGCAGACGCUUCUGGCAGACGAGGCGCGUUUUGUUCUCAACUUCCUUAAUUUCACCUUCCGGGGGCCCCACGGAUUUUCGAUCGCCUCGUGUCGUAUAAUCGAGCAUUCUAUCGCCGUGCGUCGCGUCUCUACGUCGUAUGCUCGAGCAUCGAAUCAAUUAUAUCAUCGCGCGUUGUUUUUCCCAGCCGUCCGACUAUCCGCGAAAGCUACUCGACGUUACUUCGAUCGCUGUAAUUAAAUCGAUAGAGUGGUUAAAAACGAUAGCCUUCUCGUUAUCUUUUUCGCUUUCGAUCGCCGACACUAACCACUCUACCAACGUAAAGUUAGCCUUAGUCGCGGCGAUUACGCUUCCAUCCGCUAGCCACGUCGAGCGCGGUGCAGCGCGGUGGAGGGCUUUCGAAGCGGGACGCAGCAUCGAAAAAGCAAACGAACGUCUAGUUUCGAUAAUAAUACUCUUAUACGAUCGCGAGAUCGUUCGUAUCCGUCUAGCAACGAGUACCCAUGCAUUUCCAGCGAUAAUCGCGCGAAAUGACAGGUAUCGAUCGACUACCUCUUCUGGAGGAAAAAUUUCUAUUCCGCUUCUACGUGAUCGCUUUUCGUUCGACCCACUUGUCGUUCGGCUCGCACGAAUUCGUCCAGGUGAAUCGAACGUCGUUGUUUUCGUUCCGUCGCUCGUCCUGCCGAAAUAUGGAAUAUCUCGCUGACACUCUGUAAGAGUUCCUCCUCGUUCAGACGAAAGAUCUAUCAGAUCGGUCUACUCGGAUCUUUGCGAACGAAAAUAAGCAACGCGUGCAGUGCCGCGUUAUCAGCUCCGUCGGCGAUGCACCGGUUUACCUACCGGUAGAUGCAAUCAGCGCAUCGGAAUGUUUUUUCACGGGGACUCGCAGGAUCGGGCGAGCGGAUCCUUCUUCGAGCAGGCUCCUCUUGCGCCGAAAAGGAAUUUUGCUCACGUGACCACGAGAGGACGAGUACGCGCGCACGAACCACGCGAGAGGAGGCUUCUCCUCGUUACUCCUUGGAGCCAGCGGCCGUACGAGCCGUCGCGACGAACGUCGUAGCAAGUUCGCGAACCUUGAACCCUUCUUUAGCCCGUCGACUCGUUUCGAGAGGGCCGCGUCACUGCCGAUCAUUUUCCUACGUUCGAGCCUUCUAACCCUAUUCAAUUUAUUCGCCCCUUUUGGAUCUUUUCAUUUUCGAACUCCUUUUUGGCUAUCGAAUAUACAGGUUCAGGGUCGUUUUAGAUCGUUUCAAUAAAUUUUUCUAGACUUUAGGAAUUGCUGUAGAUAUAUUACGUGCAACCAAAUACGUCCUAUCUGGUUAUUACUCUAUUUUUGAUAAACGAUGAUCAGACUAAUCUAAAAAAUGUGCAAUUCGCAUAAAAAUCAGUGAGAAAUUCGAGGACUCCAAAGGGGACGAUUCGUUUUUGAUUCGAUUCGAUUGUUGAUUUUGUUGAAAAAGUGCAACGGUGCAUCCGUGUUCUCGCAGACGUCGGUACAAUUAGGAGGUGGAACGCGAAUCGGUGACUCACGUGAGCAGAGGAAAACAGAGAUCUCCGGUGCGUGCGCGAUCGAUCCAUCUGUUGGUCGUAGCCGUCGCGACAGAGAGAAAGGGAAACGGUACGACGUGACCGCGAAAACACGAAUACCAUAGGAAUGUCACGAAAACAAUGUCGGCCACCUGACCCGCGCCCCUGUGCCUGGCCCGAACGUAGUCAGUCAGUCAGUCGGUGAGCGCAUCUGCCUCGUUCCGUUGGUCCGCGCUCCCUCGCGUCGAUUACAAGUUUUGCUGGCCGCGAGCAACGUGACGAGUCGCCAGACCCCCGACGAGACUGCGAGAUUGAGAAACGCUGUCGAAGAAUGAGACGGGCCGACUCAAGGCCGCGCCAUGGUCCCACUCCCCCGCCAACCGAGAGUCCGAGUCAAGGGCGUUCCCCCCACUACCUGCCGAGUUAUGAGUCGGGGACCCAGCCACGGUCCCCCUGGCUCUCCCUGGUUAUCCCUCUCGUUUCUCUCUGGCUCCGUCAGGGCCCCUUCUUCUCCUUCUCCGUCCAGACUCUUUCUCCGGAGUCCGGCCAAGCCCGGGAUACUCCUGUCCCUCGGCCAUUAUCCACUCUCUCUCCCGUGUUUAUCGCCCGAUUUUUUUCAACCUUACUCUCCCUUCCUUCCGUUCGUUACCGUUUUCUUUCCCCGUGCGAGGGAUGAAUGGAGACUCUCCGUGCCUUCGAUCGAAUCGAACGUUUUUCAAAUUUCGAAAUGCAUCGCGCGAUCGUUGUCCAGACCCGACUAUCUUUCGAGCCGCGUAUCGACGCCACUCGACUGUACGAAUACCGCUCGUCCACUUUUAAUGGAUCAUUCGAUGGUAGCGAUAGCGACUGGUUUCGUUUCGAAUUAUAAUUCGCCAAAAGACGAAUCCUUUUCGACACCGAUCGGAUCGAAAGGCGAGGAAAGUAGACUAGUUUCUCCGAAUUCCUAGAGCUCGUUCAAUUCGCGUAUGCAAAGAGAGCUUAUUUGUACGAAUUCGCGUGUCCAGUGGCGCGUAAAGGCUUCUCCGUUGCACCCGCGUCGUUUCGUACGUUCAUCGCGCGCUCUUCUCGUCGCUCCUUCUCGGAAGAGGCUCCUUGUUUGGGGCCGUUUCUGCGUCUCUCCUCGCCUCUCUUCUCGGGCUGCGUUUCGCGGACGGUUCUCCCUACGUUCGUGGUGUCCCGCGUGAAACGACGCGUACCGGCUCGAAGCGUUCUUUUUCUGCGUCGCUUUUUGGCCCGGAUCGGGUUCGCGAUGACGGGCUGCUCGCAGACGUCGCUCGUUCUGUCCGAAAUUCGUCGCGAAUGCGGUCACAUUGUUCGGAGAUUAUUGCGCCGUUCGAUUCGGAGAGAACGGCUGGACCGAUUCGCGUCUCGAGCCGGGUCCGCCGAUCGUCGAUAUCGUUGCGAGCGUUGCCUCCGAGAGAGGCUGGAUUCUUCUCUUCCCCGGGCAACAUUCUUCAUCCGCGUGGAGCCUCGACGGGUUUUCGGGCGUGCACGAUGAUCCAUCAUUCUUCGCGCCGUUCCAAUGCCUCUCUCGGCCGUUCUUGUCCUUCGGCUUACGUUUCGCGGCGAAUCGUGCAACGCGCCGAGUCCCGAGCAAAGUCUCUCAGAUUUUCGUGCCGUCCCUUUCGACGUUACCGCGUUUGCCACUUGUCGAAUCGCGUCCGACUCGUCGACGUUUCGAGAUCGACCGUUUAACGCGGUCCAACGACGUAAUAGCAGGGAGCCUUGCUCGAUUGCACCGUGUUUUGUGGGUUCUUGCGUUCGUUGCAACAUUUUUUUAUGAGCAAAAACGACGCGGUGGCAACGGCCAAAGAAGUUUCGCUCCGUAAUACGGUGAAGGUAUUUUCUUGACGUUCGAUGUAUCACGGUAAAUAGACUGCUGUUCCGAUGCGAAGAGGAACCGGUUCCUCGAUACCGCACGAAUAAAUCAUGCAUCGAUUAGGAGAGGAGACUGUUGCCAGUAGAAAGAAGUCGCCCUCGGGUGUGAUUGAACUUUCCAUCGUUCAGAAAUUUGUUAAUACGUUGAUCGAUUAAAUUCCCUGAUGAGUCGGGAGCUGUGCCGCCGGUCGAUCGUUCGAAUUAACCAUUCGUAGGCUAACUGGGUCGUUCGCGUCCAAGAUUCAUUUUUUUUUAGACUUUCCAAAUUUUUUGACCAACCGUGUAUCGCGUGAAGUUACGCCGAUAUUAAAUGCUAGGACAUUUAAGUAAGAUGCGGAGAGUAUAAAUCCAGAAUAAAACGAUCGUGUCCUGAACGCAUAAUUGCAAUUAUAGCACGCCUUACUACGCACAGCCGUUUUCACUGUGGCGGCAACGUUGAUCGUCACAGUGGAAAUAACCAUAUCUGGUAAGGCACGUUAUAAUAUGAAUUAUUAACGCGUUCAUUGCCAUGGCAGUUAAAUUUAAUACCGUCGAUUAACUAAAACGUGAAUGACAAUAAUAAUGCAACGAUGCAAGGUAGCAACAUCAAAAGCUGAAAUUUGAAAAUUUAAUGAUCGCGUCCUCGAAUCUCGUUAACGCUUCCCUUUUUUACGGGGUAACUUUGCGAAUACAAUUAAAAUUAUAAAAUUUUUCGAGAAAAUUUCGAACACGAUUUCGGCAUCGAGAUUCGGAUCGGUUUAAACCGUCCAGGUGAACGGACACGCCGAUGAAAUCGUCGAAGAGCGAGUAAUUACCAACCGAUACUUAUAUCUCGCGUUUCUCCCUUGUUCGCGUUCUUUUUCUUCGUUAAAAUUUCGCUGCACUCAUUCUUGCAUCACCUUUCUGUCCACGGUGGGCCACGGCGGGCCCCGCUGAGCCCAGGACUCCAUUCAAGGACACAAUAUUCAGAAACCGAAAGUGCGAUCACGCGAAAAUCUAACGUCCCGCCGAACCGGUCUAACCGGAUUCGGUUGUGCGGCUGGUUAAGAUGGUACGGCGAUCGGUGAGCCGCGUAAACUCGUUCCUCCGUCAUUUUCGGCAAUAACAACAUUAACGCACCGCUCGCGAUCGCUCGAUACAGAGACGGUCUCGAAUCGACUCUUAUCUCUAGCCGUGUCAAAGGUCCAUCCGUGAUGUCAACCACGAGCAUCGUCGAUCGUCAUCGUUCUACACCUUAUCGUUCUCAGACUUCGCUCUUCCACCACGUUUUAUUUUCGCCUACUCUCUCGUAACUGUAUUUCGAAGAAUAACGACUGGAAAUUAUUUCGGCCGAUUGCAAAUUUAUCAAUUAUUUGACAAAUAUAUGAAAAACACGAAUUCUAGAGAAACCUAAGGAUGAACCUUAGGUGAAAUAAUUCUAGACGAAGUUCAGAAAAAAUUUCGAGAAGACUUUAACGGAGAAUUAUAGGAAAACCUAGAAGAACGUAAGGAGAACUCAGGAAGAAUUCCGAAAGAUCCGUAAAAAAAUGUACGAAGCAAGGGUCAAGGGCCGGGCAAUUAAACGUCAGACAGAGUAAUCGGUUGAACGACUAUAUCAACGCGAUCGCGAUGUUUGGGUCCGUAAAUUCUGGGACCUGCCGUUCGGAUGUUCCUUUUGUUCGGGCGAACUCGUUUCAAUUUCUUCCCUUUCCUAUGGCGUUACAAAGAAUCGUAGGGUCGUGUCUCGCAGCCGUGUGUACGCCGGUCGUGAAGUUGGAAAGUCAAGUGUAGUCGCGCACCUUCUCGCAGACGGCAGCCAGAGUUUCUCAAACUCGUUAUGUCUGGGCCGUGCACGUUCUCGAAUCGCUCGAACUUUUCGAUCGAUCGACGCUUUCGAUGCAUCUCGCGUCAAAGCUUCUUCAACGACGUGAUUCUUUCCGUACGUUCGACGAUCGAUUAAAGUUCCUUGCCUCUCGCGAAAUUUCGAGAGAAUCCCGAGGCGAUCGUGGCGGAAAAUCUUAUCUCGGGGUUACGAGCUUCUUCUGGUCGAUCGUAUUGAUUUUUAAUUUCGAGAAUAUCGCUCCCCUCAUCCGUUUCCAGUUCUCGCGCGAUCCCUCGACCGAGGUACCUUUGUUUCUUCGCGGUUUAACCUACGAUAAUAAUCGUAACUGCGAACGAAGCGGUAAGAACGAGAGCAAAAGGCGAAUCGCGAACGUUUUUCCGACACUUUCGAAUCAUUCCAUUCGGCUCUGACGAAGGCAAAUGGUUUCUCUACCCGCAUAGUCGACGGAUUUUAAUGUACGAUUCCGCGUAAUGGAGUUUAACGUCUUCUUUGGUGCAGCGCGGCUGUAUUUAGCCGGUAAGUAAGAGAAGCCGAGUGUACGGGUGUGUAACCAAGCCACGGCGCAAAUAAUCCAAAUCAAGACCGAACCCGCGUUCUGACAAGUGGCUGUUCUGACGUGGCCGUGCAAAACUGGUUGCACCAGCGAUGGAACUGUUUCCGAGCCCGCUUUGCCGCUCGUUCCCAGGAUUUACGACGCGCCGAAUUUAUUCCCGGCGAAUUCGAUUCGACGCGGACGAACGUUCAAUUAUUCCUUGCCUGUCCCUCCGCUCUCGGAUUCUGAACAACGCGUCGACUCGAAUCUUGUCCCACCCGCUUUCUUUCCUUUGUCGAUUAUUAAACACCGAUCGGAAACGAAGGCUAAUAACAUCGGCGUAACUAGGUAAGGGUCAAGGUAGCCCCGGUCCACCUUCGAAACAUGGACCCCUUGUAGCUCUACGUAUAUCCCACGCUAGAAAUUUCCAAAUUCACAGAUUCCCGUAUUUUCGAAAUUUCCUAAAUCCCUAAAUUUGAAAAUUCUCCUAAAGCUCCCGUUUUCCCACAGCCUCAAAUUUUCAUAUUGUCGGAUACCGAAAUCUCAAUUAAUGCAAGGGAUUUAGCUCCGGUCGUAGUAGAAUCCUAAUUACGUUAAUGUAACGAGACCGACAGAAAGAAGUUGAAAAGCACCGAAAACGCGACGGAACAAAGUAACAGCCUUUAUACGCGAUAAGCCCGAACCCGACUCUUUCUAUUAAUUAUAACCUCGACGGUGUUCGAUGUAUCAUCGAAGUAGGAUAGGUUUAGAUUAGUUACACCGGCAGGAUUAGAUGGAUCGAAUGGAAACGAAAGGAGACAGGGAACAGGAAUUCUGAUCGGUAUCUUGGAGUGCUCGGCGAGUUCGAGGCGAAUCGGAUCCGCGCCACCGAAGAGACACUCGUCAGUCACAAAAUAUGUAUGCGCAUAUAGGGUGUACCGUGAAAUGUGAGCAAGACCUUGCUGACGCAUUCGGUACUCGGAAAUAACGAAAGAGAUCCUCGUAAACGGAUUCGAAUUUAGACGACGCUUUGUAAUAUUAAAAAGUCGAUGAUAAAACCAUGGUGUUCGUUCGAGAAAGAGGCAAUUGUGAUAAUUGCCCUUCUUUCUCUUUCUCUCGAGAAAACUUCGACUUCAUUGUAUGCAGUCUGUGGAUUCGAGCGAACUUUGUUAUUUGCGUAUCUCGAAUUCAUCGGUGAAUUUGUAUAUCGCGGUACACCGCGUGUACUCUAUUGCACUGUUUAGACGUAUUAGUAGGAACCUUGUUCCGUCGUAACUUUGCAUCUGAUCCGAACAGCAACGAGGACUGGACCUAGACUCGACCGAACUAGAAAGGAACUUAGAAAAAAUAAAUUAAACAUAAUCGUUUCGCGUAUCGUCAGCUUUAACGCCUUACUCCUUUGGAUCUAUAACGUCAUUUGUUCUUAUCUUUUUGGAAAAAUGAAUUUUUUUUAAACUGAAAACGUAACGCAAGGUUAACCUUCCAAUUUUUGAAGUACGUCAAAUCGUAAGUAAGGCGUUAAACGUCGUAGAAACGUUUGAAUUGGAUAUAAUUAAAUGAAAAGCAGAAAAGAAAGAAGCGCAAUGAAGAUUAAAAUACAUAAGAAAAUAGAUUUUAUUCAGAAUUUAUUGAGUGAUUUUGCGAGGAGGUUCUUUUGUAUGUUUUUUUUCACUAUUUUCUUUUUAUUAAAAAAAAAAGGAAAGAUAUAUCUUCGUUAUAUCGUUUUCGUUCUCUCUCUCUCUCUCGCACACACUCUCUCUCUCUCUCUCUCUCUCCCUAUCUCUCUCUCUCUGUUUCGUGAAAAUACAAUUACAAAAAAACAGUGGCUGAUUCGCGGUGGUCCGAAGAGAGAUCGAAUAGAGAAAAAUACAACAGGAUGAAACGAAAUUUUGAGCUAAAAAGAGAAACAAAUAUUAAGGAAAACAAAACACAAAGAGGUCAGUCUUGGCUCAGUGAUUCGCUGCUCUCGUUGUAAAAUAUAUCGUAUAAAAUCGUACAUACAAAAAAAAACACGAUACAAGGCAUCACCGAGACGGCGCCACGCGUACGCUCGGUGAUCGCUCGUCUAUCUUUAUUUCCUCCUUUCUUCCCUAUAUUAUUUUUACUGUUUUUCUGUAUUUUUCUUUUUUUUCGUUUUAACUCUUUACAUUUACGAUCGUGCGAGUUUCUUGUGUAUACAUAUAAAAAAAUCUAUAUAUAUAUAUUUAUAUCUUAUUUAUACGUACGAACGUAUAUAAAUAAGAGGCGAGCUACGCGUGCGUUGAAACACUAAGUACACGCGAAACGAAUCCGACGAUCGCGGGACCGAUUGAAGAAAACGGAUGGAGGAAACGCACGCGAAGAAACAAAGGGAAAGAAAACGGGGGAAUUCUUUUUUAGUCUCGAUCGCGCAGAAAAUCGUGUAUAAGCGAGUUACGCAACGGAUCAGGCGAAAUGUCGAUAGUAUUGUCUGCCGUUUAAAUUACGCCGACAACGCGAAUAACCGAGCGAAACAUUAUACGUUAACUAGAGAUUAUAGAGAUCUAAAUGUACGGCAAUAUAGCGAUUAAGAAAUGUGAGAUCUUGGAAUCGAAAUAAUGUUUCGUAAACGAAGAGAACAUCGACGGUUUAAUCGAGCGAGAAAUUUCUUUCCUUCCUUCUUCCACGUUCCCUUUUCUUGUUGUUUCGUUUCGCCCUUCGGUAGAACUCGCACAGUAGUUUUCAACGCACCGCGGCACGAUCCUAAACUGUACGUAUGCACAUCCGUAAUGUAUUGCACCUGCAUCAGCGUCCGCAUCGAGGGUUUUAAAGCUAAAUUUUGAAAACGAGAUCUCGCGGUAUGUGGUGUGGUGACGGUGUAUUCUUACGAAGAAAAUCGCCGGUUACGGGUUAACCCUUUCGCUACACGGUGUGAAGUGCGAGGAAAGAAAGGCGAGUUCCGCGUCGGAAACGCGAUAUUUUAGCUGGAAGUUAAACGGCCGCUCGAUACGAACGUUUCUGUAUUCGAAAUCAAAGUUCUUUAAAACGAUAACAGUUUCGGAAUGCAAUUUCCAUUGCGUUUCGACUACUCGGAAAUGUAAAUGCUCCGCGAUAUACUAUAGCGAGAGGGUUAACGAUAACGCGUGUAUAAAACAAUGAUGAACGGUGUGUCUUGUUCGAGAAACAUUAAAAAAACAAGAACAAAAGAAGAGAACGAACGCGAGCAGAACGUAACUACUACGUAUAAAGAGAGGAAUUGACAAGAGAAAAGAGAGACGCGUAUUACGGGUCGCGUCAUCCUGUCGCGAGGCUUGGUUCAUGUACGGAACCGCAGCCCUGAGUCUUAUCAAAGGGGGGUGAAAAAAAAAACAAUAAUUUACAUAAUCGUUAUAGGUAAUAUAUAAAGCUUAUAACCUAAUCUAUGUUGAGCAUUCAGUGGACGACGAGGAUGAUACGACCCAACGGCUACGCUCUCUACGUUCGAAAGCACACAACCGAAAAUAGCUGGAAGAGACAAGAGAAAACAAUAUUACAAAAAUUACAAUAAUAAUAGUAAUAAUAAUAAAGAGGAUAAAAACAAAAUUCGAGAAACACGGAUCGCCUUGUUCUUCCAUUCUGGUUUACGUAUACAGACGUAUGUGUGUGUGUGUGUGCGCGCGUCAUGUGGCGUUUCCGGUCGUCAGAAAACCUCGCGGACCAUUUCUUUGCUAGGCGAUAUUUUAGAGUUAAACGUAACUCGUCUAUGAAAGUUAGUUCGCUUAAGAAUCGAUAAGAAUUUUGAUCGUUCGCGAACGGAUCGGACGACGUCGACUAUCGCGAAAAACAUAGUUAUUCGAUCGACGUCGGGACGACAAUGUACCCUCCCCAUAAAGGGUCUCGGACAAGAACAGUUUCACCGAGACUGGAUAAUCCACGAACGCGAUUAUUCGUCGUGCCAUACUGUACACAUUACAAUAGAGAAGUCGCUUAUAAAUAAACAUUAGAGCAAUAACAUCGUAUACGUGUCGACGAUAACUAAUCUCGUGGAUCAUCCGACCGGAUUGUUACCCUUAUCGCGACUUUUCUCUCCGAGUCUCGUCUUCUUCUUGUUUCUUUCUCUUAUUAUCGCUAUAGUGAAUCGAUAUCACAGUACCUGUAUUGCCACCCACCCACAUUACUUUUUUUUUCUUUUUCUUUUGAUUCGACAACGACGGUCGAACGAGCGUGUUUCGUCGAUCGAAAUGGCACCACACAAGCUUCUGACGUCGUCCAACCAGUUUCGAACCAGUUCGCGACGAGUUCUGGCGACCGAUAUGUGUACGUGUGCGCGUGUUCGUGAAACUUAAAAAUAAAAAAUAACGUGUCCCUGUGGUCGUUGCCAGGAUCAGCUGGCUAUCGCGUAUUUUUUUCAAAGUACGGUUCGCGACGUGUAUAAAAUAUUUCUAUUUAUAUAUAUAUAUAUAUAUGUAUAUAAAGAUUAAACAGUUAAAAACCAAUCCGACAACGUUUCAUUUCGCGACACACUAUAAAUAAAUAUAUAGUAUGUAUACAUAUAUAUGUAUAUUUAUUUAUGUAUAUCACACGGCCGAUUUUGUGACUGCGAGAUUAAGAGUAUAAUUAAGCAUAAGCACUAGUAGUCGAUUAACAAAAUGAACAAAAAAAAGGGAGAAGGAAACGAGAGACACGAAACAAUCUCCAACAAAGAGCACGAUAAAAAAUGCGCGCGCGUGCGUGUGUGGUAAAACGAUGCCGAAGAAGUAAAGAACUCUAUAAAAAAAAACGAUACCAACCACUGCACCGAAUGCAAAAUCUCUCGCGAAAGAAACUUAAUAAUAAUUAAUAAUUAAUAGCGGUAAUAAUAAUAAUAAUAAUAAUAUUAAGAUAUGAGAUGAUAUAUCGUGUACGACGAGUUAGAACAAAUAGUAAUAUAUAAAAAAACAAGGAUUCAUUCGUAUCUACAAUUUGUUUACAACAAUUAGUCGUCUUUCUCUUUUCCCCUUCUCGUCCCAUGCCUAGCAACUUUCCUCGCGCAAAUAAAAAUCCUUCGCAGUAACUUUUGAAAAGUUGACAAUUUCUCUAAUCAUCGUCGACGCGAGUAAAACUUGAACAAAACAAAAGAAAUAAAAUGAUAACAACGUUUGCCCUGACGAUUUUAAAAAUCGAAUGCAAGACCAACCACGCUAAUUAAGAUGUUUACGCGCUAUGUUCGAUCAAUUAAUGAACGUUUUCAACGAAUGAUUGUCUUUUCGAUCUCGCGCUGCAAUGUUUGCUCGUCCGCCGCCGAACACCUAAUAAACCAAUUAUUAUUUCGUCGUCGAAUUAUAUCUCGCGGGAAAAUGGUUCUGUCACCGGGUUCGGAAAGAUUGAAUUAUCGUUUCCACGCGUGGCACGUAUUUUUCGACGAGCAACAAAAAUAAAAAAAAAAA